CCCUCAUAAUCUUGGCUUCGCAAGGAUCUAGAAAACCUGAGCGAAUUGAAGGGUCAAGAUGGGGGGCGGCAGCGGCGGUAUGUUGCCACUGAUCCAUGCAAAGAAACGUCGAGGCCCUGCUAUCAAGAUUCGAAAGGGGAGAUCCUCAGUGAUUGCAAUAUCAAUUACGCUGGCAUGGUACGUGAGCUUCAGGUUGUUCAAGAAAAUCCGUCUUAGGCGACAAACAAGAAACAGAACUAAGAAAAGACCGAAGGGUGGUGGCCACGGCGGCAGUACAUUGCCUCGCAACGAUGAAUGCGAUGAAGCGAACGAUGAAUGCAAUGAAGCAAUCAUUGAAGGAUCCGAAACUUCUGAACAAUUCAGCAAAGCCGCCAUCGCGGCUGCGACAGUCGCCGCCGUGACAGUCAUCGCCGCCGCUUUCUUCGUUGGUUUUAGACUGCUUAAAAAACGGCGCCGUGCAGGAGAAACUCAUGAAGGCCCUCAGGCUACGCCGCCACCCGGCGCACGGCGACGAUCUCCAGCGGUAGUCGAGCAUGAGCCAGGGCUCAAAUGGCUGCUGACACUGAAAUCCCCAGGCCACCCGGCGCAUGGCGACGAUCUUCAGCGUCCCAAGAUCCUAAGAGCUAGUUCUCUCUCUAUCCCCAGGCCACCCGGCGCAUGGCGACGAUCUUCAGCGUCCCAAGAUCCUAAGAGCUAGUUCUCUCUCUCUCUCUCAUGGCUGCUGACACUGAAAUUCCCAGGCCACCCGGCGCAUGGCGACGAUCUUCAGCGGUCCCAAGAUCCUAAGAGCUAGUUCUCUCUCUCUCUCUCUCUCUCAAUCUUUGUUGAACUUUUUUCAUUUCUCUUGUCCUGUGAAUAGUAAAUUUGAGAUUCUUCAUUAGUAGGAGGGUUCC